AUGGCAGACGCAACUGCGAUCGCGAAGCAAUUCACCGAUUUUUACUACACCACUUUCGACACUAACCGUGCCAGUCUUCAGUCGCUUUACCGCGAUGUCUCUAUGCUCUCCUUUGAGGGUACAGCCAUUCAGGGCGCUGCUCCCAUCACCGAGAAGCUCACCAACCUCCCCUUCGAGCGCGUACAGCACAAAGUCACUACGAUGGAUGCCCAACCGUCUUCGCCAACCGUGGCCAGCCUCAUCGUCAGCGUGACCGGCUUGCUCGUCAUCGACGACUCUCCGAAUCCUCUCCAGUUCAGCCAGGUCUUCCAGUUGAUCCCAGAGGGCGGAAGCUACUAUGUCCUUAACGACAUCUUCCGACUCAACUACGGUUGA